CUAGGCGCAUUGCCAAGUGUUCGCGUAUUGGAUUAGGAUCAGUUGUUCCUGCUACACCUUGUUUUUACAAAGAUACAAGAUUCAGAGAACUAGGAUUAUGAACUGAGAGUGCGGUCCCUGCCUUAGUUUGAAAGUGGGAACGAUUCUGAGAUGACAGGGACCCGGUUCGAGUCUCAAUGUCAUCGCCCCAAGUUUCAAGCAGAAUUCAUGUCAAUGAACUACGAAUAAUUUCUAUACGUAAUAGCGCACCCUCGACUGACGUGUGACUGAUCUGCACUUCGCCACUUUGCGCCAGUUCUAAGCAUUCUGCAGUCAUCUUUGUAUUCAGUUAUAUAUUCUUUGUGUAGAACCCGAUCGCUUCUUGCUGGAUUAAUCUGCAUGGAGAAACGUUUCAUUCAGCAUGCUUCUACAGACCGUCACCAGGUUUCAGCGCUUCGCUGUAGCGAUUGCCUUUACAGUCGUUUUGUCUGGAGUUUCCUCUGUUGAAGAUCGCAAUUACUGGUACGAGGAAGCCCGCAGUGCCAUUCACCGUCGCCUCCAGGGGUCGAAUCUGGAGACAUUCGCUCAAAACGUGAUCCUGGUCGUAGGAGAUGGCUUGGGGAUGACAACCCUGACUGCAGCCAGGAUUCUGAAGGGGCAGCGUCAGAGGCGGGCGGGGGAGGAGGAACAGCUCGCCUGGGACCAGUUCCCAGCUGUGGCGCUGGCCAGGACUUACAACAAUGAUGCGCAGAUAGGAGAAUCUUCAGCUUGCGCCACAGCCUUGCUAUGCGGCGUCAAGGCGAACUACGAGACCGUAGGAAUCGACUCCGAAGGCAGAUUGAAUAACUGCCACUCAAGCUUGUCGUCGAGGGUGCCGUCCCUGUUCAACUGGGCCCAGGAACAAGGGAAGGCUACAGGACUGGUUAGCAACGCGCGACUCACGCACGCGACGCCCGCGGCAGGCUAUGCACACUCGGCGAGUCGCUAUUGGGAGGACGACAGCAAGAUGCCGCCAGCGUCGCGACGCACCUGCAAGGACAUUGCGCGCCAGCUGGUAGAGGAUCAACCGGGUCGAAGCAUCAAUGUGCUUCUGGGCGGAGGGCGGCGACACUGGGUGUCUGCUAUGACGCGGGAUCCUGAGGAACCUCAGAAAGAGGGCCGGAGGUUGGAUGGUCGUAAUCUUGUGGAAGACUGGCUGCGAGACAAGAAGGGGCGAGGACUCAAGGCACAGUACAUCUGGAACAAGAGGCAGCUGCAGCAAGUGGAUGUCAGAACACUAGAUCACUUGCUGGGGAUAUUCGCCUUCUCGCACUUGGAAUUUGAAGCAGACGGCAGUGCGGGGCCUAGUGGGGACCCCACUCUGUUGGAGAUGACGCGAAUAGCAGUACAACUCCUUCUCAAGAAUCCUCGUGGGUUCUUCCUCUUCAUAGAAGGUGGAAGGAUCGAUCAUGCAAAUCAUUACAACAACGCCUUCCGUUCGCUGGAUGAGACAUUGGCGUUGGAAGCCGCUGUGUUGGAAGCGAUGUCACAAGUGGACCUUGCUGAGACCCUGCUGGUCUUCACAGCUGAUCACUCGAACGUGCUCAGUAUGGGAGGUCUCACUACUCCACGUGGCAACUCAAUUCUAGGGCUGGACAACAAGCUUUCAGAUGUUGAUGGCAAACCAUACUCCACACUUCUGUAUGGUAACGGUCCAGGGUACAGUGUGCCAAGGUCUGUACCUCAUGGGAAUUACAGAGAUGUAGUGCAGGCAGCAGCCAUCCCUCGAACAUGGUCAACACAUGGCGGAGAGGACGUGCCUGUGUUUGCAGUGGGUCCUCUCUCAUCUCUCCUCUUCUCUGGCACUUUUGACCAGAGCUAUAUCCCUCAUGCCAUUGCCUAUGUUGCCUGCUUGGGAGAGUAUGCCAAGCGCUGCACUACGGGAGGGAAAAUGUCCAAACAAUCAUGCUCAGAUGUGCCUUCUCUUUCAGCUGUCAUGGCUGAUGACAGCUCUUCCAUGAAUCAAAGUUACAUGCUUAAGAAACAAAUAUCAGAAAAGAACAAUUACCUAGUCAAUCAGCCAAUGCAUUUUACUGGUAUACUGUUAUUUGUAAUGAUAGUAUUGCUCAUCUGAAUUUUAUAGACCAGACAAUGUAAUUGCCUAGCAAGUAAUCUGAAUUAUUCUGCAGUCAAUAUACAAUCAGAACACUCAGUAGCAUAGUUGGUUAAGGCACUGUGCUACAAGUCGGAACAUCCCAGAUUCGAGUCCU